AAGUACUCUGCACACCAGCCACGGCAUAGUAUGACACUCGUACAUUUUUAGCCUCAAUUAAAAUUUUUUAACUAGUAGGAAAAAAAUGAAGGCGAAAUAUCUAAUUGUUAUGUGUUUUAUAUUUAUUAAUAAUUAUCAGAUGGGAAAAACGGUCGAAUUGUCUGUAGAGAAGGCUGAACAGUCAGAAGAAACGGAAUUUGAUCUAAACGAAGCUAGAUUUGACGAUCUUACCGAAGAGGAAACAGAUCAGGUUAUAGAUGCGAUAUGGAAUUUUGCAGACAAGCGCAACAAAGGAUUUAUUUUUAUUGGAACUUUGGCCCAUAAAGUAUUCGCUGAACACCGCGUUAAAAUAAUUGGCUGGUUAAAAUUACAUCCAGGUUUAACCGUUAUAGGUAAUAAUAGAGGAAGAAUAAACAAGAUCAACUUUAAAUUAUUGUUGUACGCCACUAUAAGUCUUCCGGAUCUAAAAGAUAUUCUUUCCAAGCUGCAGCAAACCAGGGAUUCAUCUUCGUCAACUAUUGUAUAGUGAUAAAUAUAGCGACAUUUGAAACUUUUGAAAUAUAAACACUUUAUUUAACUUCGACACAUAA